AUGACAAUACAACUUCUCUACCAAGCAGACGAUCCUGCUCAACAGAAUCGAAAACUCGAUAAGAUGCCGUCGUCUAGUAUUUCCGGCGCAAAAAAUGCAGCCGCACCGCAGGGUGAUUCACCCGCAACACCCCUCCCCCCGCUCGCCGCGUUCGCGACCACCCACUGCGACUACCGAGCGGCCUACAUUCCGCUGUUUCUCCAAAACCUCGGAAACGAAUGGCACCCGGAGACGAACCCGGACGGCAAGGUUGCGCUGUGCGUCGCGGAGAACAAACUGAUGGAGGCCAAUUUGCAAGACCGGAUUGCGGAAGUGUCGCUCGGGAAGAUCAUGACGAAGCUGCAGAAAGAUGCGGAGAAAAGGCAACGCAAGAACUUUUAUCUCUGCGGUUUUGGCGGAUGCUCUUCGUCCUCCAAAGAAACUUCUGCUUCUGACACCGUUUUGAAAACGAAAACUGGCGACUCAACCACGGACGAUGCCGUUUUGUACCACAUGCCGAGCUCCAUGCUGCAUUACCACAAUUUUUCCGGAUCGGAGGCCAUUCGGGCGGCGUUUGCGACUGUGCUUGAAAAGUACGUUUUCAACACCGCCUUGGAAUUGAUCUCAACGCUACCGACAAGUAUGAAAGUCGAUCCCGACUGCCUUUCCAUCACGAACGGCUGUACUAGUUUGAUCACCAGCUUGGCCCGAGUAAUUUGUGAGCCCAUCGAGGGACGAGACCAGGAGCCAGAAACGAAACCACCGAGGACCCAGGAAUCCUCCACCGAAAUUGACGAUGUGCAUCUUCUUGUUUCGAAGAAACGACGUCGAGAUGCGGUGAUGUACUUCACCCCCCGCUACCCAGGUUUCGCCACGGACAUUACCGGUUUCGGGCAGGUCGCAAGGGUUGGGGUUCCGCUGGCGUUCAAGAAGAAAAAAGCAAUGGACAAGGAAGAUAUUAGUACAACAAACAACAUGGAUAGUAGAACAAGCGACGAUUGUUCUACUUCUCUACAAAUAGAGUGCAGUCUUCCGUCCAACGAAACGCUGGACCAGUACUUUGAGGACGAUUUCCCAAUCGACAAGCAGCACAACGUAUCCUGUGCAACAGUAUCGUCCUCGUAGUAUAUUGCCAUUGCAGUCAUGAUGCGACACAAAUCUAUCUCUCUACCUCAUCUAGCAUGACAAAGGGCGUUUUUUUUUUGAGAAAAUUUGUAAUGCUAUCUGUGCUAGUGCUAGUUGUAGUCCUAGUGUAGUGCGAUACAAUUCUGCUGCAAUGCAUACAGCUGCAACUUGAAGGCCUUGCUUCUGUGCAGCCCGGACAACCCCACGGGGACGGUGUGGAAGCGCGAGGAGCUGGCAAGGAUUGUGGCAUGGUGUCGGGCAAAACAAAUCUAUAUCCAGCAAGAAACGCCCAUCCCCAUCCAGUUUCUGCAUGGGAAGCGCUGGACUUGUUUGAUGCAUGCUUUGCAUGAUAAGUUGGAUGGGGAUGCUGAGACUUUUUCUGUGGAUAGUCUAUCUGCUGUCCGACGAAAUUUACGGCGCCUCGGUUUUCGAGGAAGUCGGCGAGCAGAGCGGCGGGGAUGAGCGCAACAAGAACCGCGAAACCAAGCACCUCAGCUUGUGUAACGUGGCAGACUGCACGUUCUGGGGGCUCUCGAAGGACUUUGCGAGCAGCGGCUCCAGACUCGCCUGCGCGUACUUUCCGAAGCUGCACCAGGGUCGUUCGAAGCUGGGAGAGAUGUUCCGAGAAGUGAACAUGGUGAAUUCUGUAGCGAAGUGAAAAAAAUCACUCUGCUCCUCAUAUUCAAACAUGGCGGAUCUGCAUACACAAUCAUACAGAAUUUCUGUCUUGCAGGAAGGACAAGGACGAACUGCAGCCAGAUUGCUCUCAGUCCGUGCAGAGGCGGCGCCGUUAGGGGCUAGCGGUUUAGGAUGGCAAGUUUGUUCCGUUUUCGAUUUGGGGGGUCCCGCCGGGUGAUUUUUCCUCACAAUAUUCCGUCGGGUGCAUCACCGAGCACGUUUUCGCCGAGAUCUUGGGGGAUACGAGUUUUAUGACGUCGCACCUGGGGAACGUCCGGCAGUGGCUGAAAAAGCACUCGGAUCUGGUGGUGCAAAAGUUGGAAAGUUUGAAGAUCCCGUACUGCAAGCCCUCGGCGUGCGUCUUUCUCUGGUGCGACUUCUCCGAAUUCGGCAUCCCAGCAUUGGCGUUGUUUCAGCUGCUGAUGGACAAUACCAAAUGCAAACGAAUAUCAUGUUGGGACUGGAAUGAAAGUAUUGCAGAUGAUCAUGUUGUUCUUCCUCAUGCUCAUUUUGCAUGAUUCGCGACGUCUGUCGUGUUGCACUAGCAAGAGCAUCACAUCGAACUCGAAGUUAGUUCUUUCACGAAUAAGUACCUCCUGCUGCUCCCAGACAUGUCGAUUUGCAAUGCAUAGACGAGUACGGUAUUAUGUUCACGCCUGGAAACGAAUUUUACGACAAGAAUGUUCCGCAGCAGGAAGAGGCGCGGGUCUCCGGUUGCUGGAUGCGAAUUUGUUAUGUUGCCGCUGAAACAAGGGCACUGCAGCACGCGCUUGGAAAAUUGGAGAAGUUUGUGUUGGAUCAGCGCAGUAGACAGUCCUGAAUAAGUAGUGCCCGCACCACCAGAUUCUGGAAAAUCGAACAGAAUCCUACACACUGUCCCUCGGACGAAGAAUGGGAAUGGUACCCCUUCCCACUGAAACCUUUGCGCGGCGAAGCGAUUUGUUCAGGGUAAAACUGAAAU